AUGGCCUCAGUCGGAGCGACGAUGAAAGCACUGCAGAUUGAUGGCUACUGCGAUCGUGCCUCCGCUAAGCUGAGGGAGGUCGAGAGGCCUGUUGCAGAUGCUACAGGGGUGGUUUGCAAGGUGGUUGCAACCUCAAUCAAUCCCCUUGACUGGCUUUUUCGAAAUGGCGUCCUUGCAGACUUGAUUCCCGUCCAGUUCCCCCACAUCAUCGGAUGGGACUUUUCCGGAGUCGUCGAUUCAGUGGGUGAAAGCGUCACAGAUUUCAAGGUGGGUGACAAGGUGUACUGCCGGCCGGAAGUAGCGAGGAAUGGAAGUCACGCGGAGUACAUCUUGGUCCCAGAAGACCACUUGGCCCACAUGCCAAAGACGAUCUCAUUCUCAGAUGCUGCGUCGGUUCCGAUCGCGAGCAUAACUGCCUGGCAAGCACUUUAUGAGUUAGGCGAGCUGAGAGAGGGCGACAAAGUUCUCAUCCACGCUGGUGCAGGAAGCCUUGGCAUUAUGGCUAUACAGCUGGCAAAGCUGAAGGGUGCACAUGUCACCGCGACUGCUUCCGCCGAGAAACACCCCUUCGUCAAAUCCUUGGGUGCUGACGUUGUGAUUGACUACCGGACCACGGCCUUCGAAGAGGUACUCCGUGACCUGGAUGUGGUGCUCGACACUGUAGGGGGGCCAACACAGGCCCGGUCCUGGCAGACCCUCAAAGAAGGAGGCCGGCUGGUUGCAGUCAACGAGCCCAUCAAUGCGUCUAAAGCAGCCGAGCAUCCGAAUGUCAUCGGCCGCUUCUUGUCUAUCAAACCCAACAAGGAGAUCCUAACGCAAAUGUCUACGCUUCUGGACCAAGGAAAGAUUCGGACCGUGGUAGGCUAUGAGUUCCCUUUCCGAGACAUUGAAGAGGCCUUUGCCCUGAGCGAGUCUAAGAAAGCACAGGGCAAAAUUGUAAUUCAAGUAGGUCUUUAA